AGCAGUGUGCGAGCAGGACUUUUAUUUUGGUGUGGUGAUGUGACGUCAUAGGGGUGCGCCGCGCUCCUGCGUUUGUGUUGCAGCGCGAGUAAUGUGAAGCGAAUGAAUGAUUAUUGAGUGUAUUAAUGCUAUAUCUAACAUUAAUGAGCGUCAUUUAUGAAAACUCCUGGUUCAUCUGAGAUCUCGUGACACACUAUUAUAAAGAUGGCAUUUAUUAAAGAGGAGAGUGAAGACAUAAAGAUUGAAGAAGCAUUCGGUGUGAAACAUGAAGAAACUGAAGAACAAACAGACCUGAUGGUGCUGAAAGAGGAGAGUCAAGAACUGAAUAACGUGGAAGUGAAAGAUGAGAAACAUGAUCUCACGAUUGGAGAAAAAUCCACACCGACUGAAAUGACUUGCUCACAAAAAGGAGCCCAGAAGACCAGAUCUAGAAGGAAUUACACCUGCAGUCAGUGCGGAAGGAGUUGCGAUCAUAAACGAAACUUUGAAGCCCACAUGAGAAGUCACACUGGAGAAAAGCCUUUCACAUGCCAAGAGUGUGGAAAAAGUUUCAGUCAAAAACAAAACCUCAAAGCCCACAUGAGAAGUCACACUGGAGAGAAACCUUUCACAUGCCAAGAGUGUGGAAAGACUUAUACAUAUAAAGGAAACCUUGAGGUCCACAUGAGAGUUCACACUGGAGAGAAGCCUUACGCCUGCAAUUACUGUGGGAAGGGUUUCGCUCAAAACGGAAACCUCGAGGUCCACAUGAGGCUUCACACCGGAGAGAAGCCUUUCACGUGUGUUCAGUGUGAGAAGAGUUUCACGUAUCACAGAGACCUGAAACGCCAUAUGCAGACUCACUCUGGGAAGAAACUUCAGUGUUCUGAAUGUGGCAUGGUGUUUACGAAAACGAUAAGUUUAAAAAAUCACAUGCGCCUUCACUCUGGGCAAAGACAGUUUAAAUGUGAGGAUCAGUAUGAGGAUAAAAAAAAGGCUUUUGCCGUCAUCACACUUGCAGAAACACCUAAAAAGUAAUGCGGAUGUGAGACACUAUUAGUGUUUGUUGUUUUAAAUGGCUGAAAAUAAGUUUCUGUGUAAAAUUGAGACUAUGAACAUGCUGCUGCUUGACUGUCGACCAAAUCUGACUGUCCACCUUCAUGACAAUUUCUUUUAUUUGCAUUUUUCACCUCUUUAUACUUUGCCUUGAAGCUGUUUACUUUCUUUUGUCGUACAUAUGAACAGCUGUGUCCACACAUGACCACCUCCUUUGCUAGAGAUUCAUAAUAUUCCAUAUAAAAUUUAAAAUAUUGAGCGAUAGUUGUAGAUGGCCUCUAAUUUUGAUUGUUCGGAGGCUUGCACCAUUUUAUAUAUUGAUAUAUUAGUUAAACUUCUGUCUUCCUGUGAAAUGUUAUGAUGUAAAAGAAAGAUUUUAAAUAAAACAACUUAGACUGAAAGAAAUAAAUAUUAUGCAUUAUUUGAUUCAGCUUUAGUUAGAGAAUGCACUGGUAAACAGUUUUGUCUUUUAAAAUGGCCACUGAGUUGUGGGGCCGGGGCUAGUCUAUGGCUGUGAAUUCAGACAUGCUUCUUUUGACAGGUACUGAAAUUGCUUUUGAAUGUGGUCAUGCGUACUUUGUGUAAAGGGAGAUGUGGUACUGACCACACAUUUUACAAGAUUAGAUGUUUGUCAGUAAAGGCCCCGGUAUACUUCAAAUGAAAUCGAAGAACGAACUGAUGUGACGUCAUUUGAAACAAAAUCAGGCCAAAACGAAAUUCGUUUUGUGUUCUUUUUGGAAGUUCGAAACGGCUUGCCAAAGCGAACUUUCGGGAAAAGUUCGCUUCAGCUGCAAAACACCUUUGUACUACCAUUAGUCAGUGACGAUGACGUAACAAGAGGUGUGCGCUGAGGCUCCGCCUUUACUUGUGUGGGACGCGUCUUUGACUCAUUUCGUGUGUUUGAGUUCGUCGAGGUAAGAUCUCCGUGGGUGAAAACAUGAACACACUGGAUAGCCACUUUAUAGUACAUGAAGUUGUGCUUCUGAUGAAAUGAGGCCCUA